CUCCUCUCUUCCAUCCGUUCUUCUUCUUCUUCAUCUCCUCCCUCCUCCGUGUUGGUGCUGGCGAGUGCAGAGGAGGGCGAGAAGGCACAGCGAGAGAGAGACGUGUGGAGAGAUGAGCGGGCACGAUUCCAAGUACUUCUCGACGACCAAGAAGGGAGAAAUCCCCGAGCUCAAGGAGGAGCUCAAUUCGCAGUACAAGGACAAGAGAAAAGAUGCCGUGAAGAAAGUAAUUGCUGCGAUGACUGUGGGAAAAGAUGUUUCUUCAUUGUUUACGGAUGUUGUAAAUUGCAUGCAGACAGAAAAUUUGGAGUUGAAGAAGCUUGUUUAUUUGUAUCUGAUAAAUUAUGCCAAAAGUCAGCCUGACUUAGCAAUACUUGCGGUCAACACCUUUGUGAAGGAUUCACAAGACCCAAAUCCAUUAAUUCGUGCUUUGGCUGUACGAACAAUGGGAUGCAUUCGUGUUGAUAAAAUAACUGAAUAUCUAUGCGACCCCCUUCAGCGGUGUCUCAAGGAUGAUGAUCCAUAUGUUCGCAAAACAGCAGCAAUAUGCGUUGCUAAACUUUAUGACAUAAACGCUGAAUUAGUGGAAGACAGGGGCUUUUUGGAGUCUCUCAAGGACUUGAUCUCUGACAAUAACCCAAUGGUCGUAGCAAAUGCUGUAGCUGCUCUUGCUGAAAUUCAGGAGAAUAGCAGUAGGCCUAUCUUUGAGAUCACAAGUCACACACUCUCAAAGCUUCUCACUGCUCUCAAUGAGUGCACCGAAUGGGGUCAGGUUUUCAUAUUAGAUGCCCUCUCGAGAUACAAAGCUGCUGAUGCUCGAGAAGCUGAGAAUAUAGUGGAGAGAGUCACUCCUCGAUUACAACAUGCAAAUUGUGCAGUUGUUCUGUCAGCAGUCAAGAUGAUCCUCCAACAAAUGGAGCUUAUUACCAGCACUGAUGUAGUUCGGAAUCUCUGCAAAAAGAUGGCUCCUCCUCUUGUCACAUUACUCUCUGCAGAACCAGAGAUUCAGUAUGUUGCAUUAAGGAACAUCAAUCUUAUUGUUCAAAGGCGACCUACCAUUCUGGCCCAUGAAAUAAAGGUGUUCUUCUGCAAAUACAAUGAUCCGAUUUAUGUGAAGAUGGAGAAGUUAGAAAUCAUGAUAAAGCUUGCUUCUGACAGAAAUAUUGAUCAGGCAUGUAAAGAAGGCUUAUUUUGCUCUUUGUUCUAUAUUGUAUGAUCCUAUCUACAUUACCUGAGAUAUUUGCUUGCUGAAAAAUGCUGCAGGUAUUACUGGAGUUUAAAGCUUUAUGUUUUAAUUGACGAAAGAGCUGUCUAGUUUAAAUCUUUAGUGUAUUUAUGUUCCAAGCUUGAGCCUCUCAUUUGCCUGUGUUUCUUGAAGGCAUCAAUGAUCUGGAUUAUUGGUGAAUAUGCUGAAAGAAUUGACAAUGCUGAUGAGCUUCUUGAGAGCUUUUUGGAGAGUUUCCCUGAAGAGCCUCCACAGGUCCAGCUGCAAUUACUGACAGCAACGGUCAAACUAUUCCUAAAGAAGCCAACUGAUGGCCCACAGCAAAUGAUUCAGGUGGUUCUGAAUAAUGCCACCGUGGAGACAGAUAAUCCUGACCUACGGGAUCGUGCCUACAUCUAUUGGCGCCUUUUGUCAACUGAUCCUGAGGCGGCUAAAGAUGUCGUGUUAACUGAAAAACCGGUGAUUACUGAUGAUUCCAAUCAGCUCGAUCCAUCUCUUCUCGACGAACUUCUCUCCAACAUUGCUACGUUGUCAUCUGUGUAUCACAAGCCUCCAGAGGCAUUUGUCACCCGUGUGAAGACUGCAACACAGAGAAGUGAAGAUGAUGAGUAUCCUGAUGGUAGUGAAGGAGGAUACGCUGAAUCUCCUGCUGCUGGUGUUGAUGGGGUCGCCUCACCAGAGACUAGUUCAGGCAGUGUUCUGCAGACUGCUGCAAGACAAACUUCCCCUGCACAAGCUACCUCUCCUCCUGCUCCUGUACCUGAUUUGCUUGGUGAUCUGAUAGGCCUUGACAAUAGUGCUAUUGUACCAGUUGAUCAGCCUUCAGAAUCUGCUGGGCCCCCUCUGCCUGUUUUGUUGCCAGCUUCCACGGGUCAAGGCUUACAGAUCAGUGCUCAAUUAAUACGGCAUGAUGGUCAAAUAUUUUACAGCAUCUUGUUUGAGAACAACUCGCAGAUGCUUCUUGAUGGGUUCAUGAUUCAGUUCAACAAGAACAGCUUUGGUCUUGCCUCUGCUGGGCCCCUUCAGGUUCCACCACUACAACCUGGGACGUCUGGGAGAACUCUUCUUCCAAUGGUUUUGUUCCAGAAUAUGUCCACGGGUCCCCCAAGCUCUCUUCUGCAAGUAGCUGUUAAAAAUAAUCAACAGCCAGUGUGGUACUUCAACGACAAAAUUUCCCUGCUACCGUUCUUCACUGAGGAUGGAAGAAUGGAGCGUGCUAGCUUUCUCGAGACAUGGAGGUCCCUUCCUGACACCAACGAGGUCUCCAAGGAUCUGCCUGGAGCAGUGGUGACUAGUGCGGAAGCAACCCUUGACCGAAUGGCAGCGUUCAACCUGUUCUUCAUUGCGAAGCGGAAGCAUGCGAACCAAGAUGUGUUCUACUUCUCCGCGAAGAUCCCUAGAGGCAUACCCUUCCUUAUUGAGCUCACUAUGGUGGUUGGAGUCCCCGGGGUCAAGUGUGCGGUCAAAACUCCAAACGCCGAGCUCGCACCCCUCUUCUUUGAAGCCAUCGAGACCCUCCUCAAGAGUUGAGAUCUCACCCAUUCCAUUGUGUUUUACUGCAAUUGAUUUUUAUCCACUUCCAAUUAGUAUCUGUAAAUUCACAACACCUGCUGAGAUUUUGGUUGAUUUUCCUUAUUUUCAGUGUUUGCUCGACUGCUUAUUGGUCCGCAAUCAUUGGUUUUUGUAUUAGCGCAAAAUUAAUGGUUCUAGGGAGGUUUUUACACUCAUGCAGUGGCUUAAAUGUGUGUAUGGUUCAACUUCAUUGGAUGUAAACUUGUGUCUUUUGAACGAGUUCGAUGUAUUGAUCUAUAGAACAUCUUUUUUCGUUUUCU